AUAGUUUAUGCUGAGGUUUAAUUUUCUUUAAUAGAAAUAAGCUUUGUAUGCUGUUUAUUCCUUGCUUUAUUAAAAUAACUUGUUUCUUGGAUUUAGAAGAAGUUGUUCAAUAGUUUGUGCAUAUUUUUUUGAAGAAACCUACAAUGGAAAACUCGACAGCCCAAGAUCCAAACUGCAUUAAUUAUAUGACAGACAGUGAUCAUGAAAAAUCGGAAUUAGAGUUGCCUCCAGACUUGGUAACUGAAGACAAGAUGAGAAGAAGGUUACAGUUUUUUUUCAUGAAUCCAAUAGAAAAGUGGCACGCAAAAAGACGUUUUCCCUACAAGUUUAUCGUUCAAGUUGUGAAAAUUGUUUUGGUAACCAUGCAAUUGUGUUUGUUCGCGUCAAGCCGAUAUAACCAUGUAAGUUACACCUGGGAUAAUAGGAUAACCUUUUCGCAUUUAUUUUUGAAAGGAUGGGACACUACAAGAGAAGUGAAUUCUUAUCCUCCUUCCGUAGGUCCUCUUGCCAUAUAUACAGAAAAGGAUUUCUUUGAUACAAUUGAUUAUGCUUACAAAGGCUAUUCUUCUUUGAGUACAUCGGUGGGUUCUUAUUCUUACGCUAACGAAGACAAUACGCCCGUUGACAUGGUCUUCUGCCUCUAUCAGUAUAAAGAAGGCAUCAUAUACGGUUUCAACGAGUCCUACAUAUUUAACAAUGAAAUUAUAGAGUCUUGCAUGAAUAUUUCGAGGCACCAAGUGGGAGACGUUCUCGAUUCCGAGACCUUUAUGAAGGCGGAACCGGUGAACCUAAGUUUCUCGGCGUUGGUGCGGGCCGAUCUGAUGUUUUCUUUAAAAACCGUCAAUUUUAGAGCCGCCAGCAAGAUCUCGGCACCGAAUUGCUAUAGAUUCGAUAUAACAAUUUCGUUUAGUAACGACAAUCAUGAUGGGCAGAUUACUCUCGAUUUGGACGCGGACGCGACCAGGCUUAUGUGUAAAGGCGACACGAAAUAUAUUACCGACAACGAAAUAGCGAACUUCAUGCGCAGUUUACUAAACUACCUGGUGAUCACCACCUGCGUAAUUUCGUUUAUUUUGUGCGCCCGGGCAGUGUGGCGCGCCCAGCAACUAAAAAACGCAACCGUGCGCUUUUUCGCCGAGCAUUUCGACAAAAAACUGACGAUGCACGACAGACACAAGUUCCUAAAUAUGUGGUACAUCAUGAUAAUUGUGAACGACAUCUUGAUCGUGAUGGGAUCGGCCAUAAAGGAACAGAUCGAAAGCGUCGAGUUUACGAGCGACCAAUGGAACAUAUGCAGUUUAUUCCUCGGGAUCGGUAACAUGCUGGUGUGGUUCGGGGUGCUUCGCUAUUUGGGUUUUUUCAAAACGUACAACGUCGUUAUACUGACGUUGCAAAAGUCUGCGCCCCAGGUGGCUAGAUUUUUAAUCUGCGCCGUUUUGAUAUACGCCGGUUUUACAUUCUGCGGUUGGCUGAUCUUGGGACCGUACCACCUCAAAUUUCGAUCGCUGUCGACCACGUCCGAAUGCCUGUUCUCGUUGAUCAACGGCGACGACAUGUUCGCGACGUUUUCGAUCAUGUCCAACAAGUCGCUGCUGCUGUGGUGGUUCUGCAGGAUAUACCUCUAUUCCUUCAUAAGUCUGUACAUUUACGUUAUCCUCAGCCUGUUCAUAGCGGUUAUUAUGGACGCUUACGAAACCAUCAAGCUGUACUACAGCGAAGGGUUUCCGAAAAGCGACUUGGACAUGUUCAUCGGUAGUACAAACUGGGACGAACUUUCGAACGGCAUGUUUCGCAGCGACUCGAACGACAGCCUCGGCGGCCGCAUCAAAGACUUGUGCUGCUAUUCCGGAAUAAACGCCAAAUAUAGAACGCUGUCUGGGAAGAGGUUUAAACGAAACGCCUCCGUUUAGUCUUUUAAAUGCACUUCGUAGGUAAUAUUUAACUCUUUUAGAACCCAAACAUACAAAAAAAAAACGAGAGAGAGAGAGAGAGAGAGAGAAUUUAAAUAUAAAAAAAAUGGAACUUUGUAGUGGCGACAAUAUAAUUUUCAAUUUCAAGUUAAAUUUUAAAUUUUUUAAAGAUCACGAUAGUUUUGUAGGGUAAAUCGAGGAAAGAUGGACCGCCUUUUGAAAAACUCUGAAUUGGAAUUAGGCUCUGCAAAAAAUUGUAACAUAAACAUAAGCUUUGGUUAUUUAUUUGGCGCCUUUUAAACGAUAAUCUAACACAGUGAAUAAUUAUAAAAAAUAAAAUAAUAAAAAUUGAAAUUGGCCCACCUCUGCUAGAACGCGAAGGAGAGAUGGACGGUAAACUAAAUUGCAACCGGUCCCUCCGAAGCAAGCAUAGUUGCCCCGGUAUGCGAAAAGUCGCGGGUAGCCUGUCUGUCCUAUUGGUACAUCUCUCCUCGAUUUACCCUACGUAUCAAUUUUAGUUUAUUCUGAGCAAAUUUUGAAUUAGAAUAUAUUUCUUUACAUAUUGUUUUGUACAAAAAUUAUUUUUUACAAUUUUUUGUGCCUUUAACUCUUUACGAAAGCUCGAAUAAUAAUAUAGGUUUUAAUUUUGUCAGGAAAAUUUUUGAUAAACGUGUCAGAAUUUACAAAAAGCCAGUCAUAAUAAUAUUUUAUGAAGAAUGCGCAAUCCCUAAACUACUAAAUACUAACAUAUUAUGUUAAAAAAAUUGCAGUUUUAGGCUUUUUGACAUGAAAAUUGCAAUUUGAACUUUGCUCCUAGAGAAAUCAUUUUUUUAUCUGUCGACUUCCGGUUGAAACAUGAUGGAAUUCCGAAAAACACUUCCAGUUAUUUUUGCAGUUUUUUUUUUUAUAAAUACGGAAAAGAUGAAAAAGUGCGAAAAGGAAUCAAAAAGCAGUACCUAACAAAAAUAAUUUUGGAAAACAAUUUCAAAUUAAAUGUUAUAAUUUCGUAAUAUUUUGGUGUCUAGUAGCUCCAGGUUAGAGAUUGCCUAUUCUCUAUAAAUGAUCUUUUUCGAUUCGCAAUAUUCCUUACAAGAGAUUUGGUCAGAAAUUCUGUUUGUUUUUCAGAACAUCCGACUUUUUUUUCACAAAUUCUUUCAGAAAAUUGGACGUGUUUCUCAAAAAUUUGCUUUAUUAAACUAAAACCAACCUACAAAAAUGAAACAAAAAUUUAAAAAGUUAAUCUUAAAGAAUAUGUUCAUUCAUUUACUACAAUUCUGUCAUCGAGUUCGGGAAAACCCUGUAUAUUACAUAGUUUUAAUAUUCAAUAUAAAGAAUUUUCAUAUAUAAGUUUCUGUUUCUUAUAAACGUGGGUCUUAACUUUUUUCGUUUUCGAAAUGCAGGGUGUCAACUUUUGACCGAUUUUGAUAAAACUUGGCGUAAAAGUAUUUUUCUUUGUCUAAUUAAAAUAAAAUCAUUCCUUUCAUUUUUUUUUACUUUUUUGGUUAAGAAAAAAACAGCAUUUUCAGUAAUUGUCAUAAAGACUUGGAAGUGAAAAUCCUUACUUAAGCAGUUUUCUAGGUUCACCGCCAAUCCCGUUUUUUGAGAAAUAACAAUUUUAAAGUUCUUAGAAUACUUUCUCCUCUAUGUCUUAACAGAAAGUGGUGAGAGUGUUCGAACAUAACAGCAUCUUGUGAAACUUGGAGCCAUUCAAAAAAGCCUCUUCUUAGCGGAUUGCUUUCGAUUACUUGCCGCUAGAGGGGUUGAUCGAUAUCACUGCAAAUAAAAUUUAUUAUCUUAAAAAAAAAAAGGAAAUAACUGGAACGAUGUCACUUUUAUUACAACACAAGAUGGCCAAAUAUAACACGUAACGUGUAACACGUAAAGGAAAACCGCAUUUCCUUUACCUAUAGUAUCAGUAAACGAAAUAAAAACUCGAAAUGUGCGAAUAGUUGCAGUAUACCCGCCAUUAUUACAGUCUAAUAUUCGUUCUAUUAGGAGAAAGGAUAUAAAUUUACUAUUAAAAAUAAAUAAAUGCAAUCUUAAUAAUUAUAAUUUUCGCUAUUUCGUUUUCCAAAGCUCACUUGCAUUUUUAAAAUUUCGUAUUUUGUGUAGAUAGACGGGCAAUAUUCAAUUAUGUUGAAUUAAAUACAUUCUUAAAUAAAUGUUUUUUUAUGUUUUUUGUUAAAAGAAUAUUUAAUAAUGGCAGGUAUCCUGCACAUUUUCAGUUUUUGCUUCUAUUGAUAUUAUAGAUUAGGAAAAGGUAUCGAUAUGCGGUUUUCACUAGCGUGUUAGACUCUGAUUUCGCUUAAUUUCUUGCAAGCAAUCAAAAUCAAUCUGGUCAUGGCAGCGUUGAUGGCCUAAAAGCGCUUUUGAACAACCCCAAUAAAUUGUGGUCGUAAGUGUUGAUCUCCCCUGCAUCUUGUAGAUAUAACUCCUUACUUGUUCGGUUCUGUACGUUGUCUAUCGCUCUCAGGAAAAUUGGUUUAGUGAUGUUUAAGAUCUGUUCUGAGAACAGCUUCAAGUAUUAUUGUUCACUGUCAGACAACGUGUGACCUUCCUUCCUGGCCCACAAAAUUGCGGUACAAUAAUAGUAAAGCAUCUUUCUGUCUAAGUUGUGAUCGUCUGCACGCAUGUAGUGUGUGUUUCGUCGACUAAGUUUGGUAGCCUGACUUAAGAGGGCGUGGUGACCUCUUAAACCUUUAACACCCUCAAAAACAAGUCUAUGCCGAAGGUUGAGUCUGCACAUAAUGGGCUGUUCUGCUGUGAUGUUGGUGUUUUUAUUGAUAUUUAUUUCAGAAAAUUGCUUGAACAGCCCCCACCACUUUCUCUUACGAGAUAAUUUAUUUUUUAUUAGAUAUUUAUUUAUUAAUUUUUAUUCUCUGCUACGAAGGUAGUUCGGAAAAAAAAAGAAAAUAAAGAAGUUUGAUUUUUAAUUGCGCUAUCUAAAUAAAUACUGAAGUCUUAAAAAAUCAUUAGCGCACCAUAAAUAUCAAUUGAACCCGAACAAUUUUAUUUUAAUGAAUUAUUUAAUUUUAAUUAACUUUAAUCGACUAGUUUCAUUAAAUUUUUGAUUAAUUAAAUUUAAUAAUUUUGUUUGUUGUUUGUUAGUUUUUGUUUUUUUCUAUAAAUUUGACAUCCCUUCUGUCGAAAAGGAAGUAGGCUCAUAUGAAGAAACAGAUUGAUCCUCUGUCAAUAAAUAGGCCUUUAAAAUCUGUACCGAUUUUUGAAACUGCCCUUAUAUCGUUAUAGUAUUAUAAUUGUUUAUAAACAAAAACAAUAUUUUGAUUCACUUUUAAUUAUAUUUGAUAGGUAUACUACCAAUGUGAAAAAGGGUAUAUAAGUAAUUUUAUUGUGUUAAAUCUGUUUAUAAGUGAUAAGGUUAUUCGUCGCGGAUAAUAUAUUGUAUAUAAUUGUUUUUUUUUAAUAAAGUAACG